AUGUCGGGGGUUCCUACUAAGCGCAAGCGGCUCCAGGACAUGAGUCCCAACGUCCAGCGGGUGCUGAAGGCGACGAACCCGAUGCUCCUACCGCCGCCGUCGCUGCGCUCUCAGCUGUUCCAAGGGUACCCCCACGGGCUGCCCAAGGCGAAGUUGCGGCGCACGGCGCUGUUGACGUUGGGCGACUCCCAGUCGUUGGACCGGUUCAUCCCUAGCCGACAUAAUCUGACCACCGGCAAGUUGGAGCUGACGACGGAGGCGCCCCACCCUAACGCCCUGCCCCGUACUCACAUCCAGGUGCAAACGCUGAAGAUCUACCAGCGCCAUGUCGCCGAAGCCUGCGGCCUCGACAUGAACUCUCGCGUGCUUUUAUACCAACCGUUGCCGCCGGAACGGCGCAAGCCGCACCUGCUCUUCAACUUUGAGCAGCUGUUGGCGUCGCGGGCGCCGGCGCUGGCGAUCAAGCCCGCCGCCGCCUACCGGCGGGCGAAGAAAAUCCCCACUGCCCCUGAACGGGUGUUGGACGCCCCGGGGCUCAUUGACGACUUCUACCUUAAUCUUUUGGCAUGGUCGCUGACCAACUUACUUGCCAUUGGCCUCGAGGACUCGGUGUACGUGUGGAACGCGCUGACGGGGCUGGUGGGCAUGCUCUGCGAGCUGGCAAACAAAUCGAUGGUGACGUCGUUGCGGUGGCUGGACGACGGUCUGUACAUCAGUGUCGGCAAGGACGAUGGGCUGAUCGAGAUCUGGGACGUCGACACCUCCGCCAAGUUGCGCACGCUCCAGUUUGGCCACGCCACCCGCAUCGCCGCCCAGCUGUGGCUGAAGCAUGUGUUGACGCUGGGGCUGAGAGUGGGCACCAUCAGCCACCUGGACGUCCGUGUCGCCUCCCAUCUUAGCGCCGAGCACAAAGUGCACCGCGCCGAAGUGUGCGGUAUUGAGUACCGCCCCGACGGCCAACAGUGGGCGCUGGGGGGCAACGACAACCUUGUCGCCAUCUGGGACGCCCGCAACUCGACGUCGCCUGCAUUUCAAAAGACCAACCACAAGGCGGCGGUGAAGGCGUUGCUGUGGUGCCCGUACCAGCUGCUGCUCCUAGCCACUGGUGGCGGGUCGCUGGACAAGGCGAUCCACUUCUGGAAUACCACGCUGGGCGCCCGCGUCAACACAAUUGAGACCGACCUGCAGAUUCUGUCGCUCAACUGGGGGUACGCCGACGGCAUCGGCAUGGAAAUUGUCGCGACCCACGGCUUCCCCACCAACAACAUCUCUCUCUUUCAAUACCCCACCCUCCAGAAGACGGGCGAGAUUGUCCGCGCCCACGACUCGCGUCUUCUCGCCGGGUGCCUCAGUCCCGACCAGUUGACGUUGGCGACGGUGGCGGGCGACGAGAACUUAAAGUUCUGGUCGUUGUUCGACUUGGCCAAGCGCCGCGCCGGCGCCCGCGACGAGGACAAGGAAAACAAGGAAGAGCCCAUCGAAAAUUAUAUGGCGUUCCGCUGA